AUGUCUGAAAAGAUUCAGACAGAUAAGGGCUUAGAGUUUGUCGGUGAAACAACUCAAAAACUGUUUAAGGCAAAUAAUAUCCAUUGGUUCACAACUGAAAAUGUUGAAAUAAAAGCGGCAAUGAUCGAGAGAUGGAACCUUACGCUUGGGAAUAAAAUUAAGCUCUACUUAUCCGAAAACAACACGGAGAGGUACAUAGAUGUCUUGGAUCAAUUAGUGAAGAACUACAACAACUCCUACCACAGAAGUAUAAGGAUGACACCGGUUGAAGCCAGUAAAGAAGAAAACAGCGGAGAGGUGUAUCGUAACCUGUUCAGAGAAAAGACCAUACGCAAUCCUAAAUUUCAGGUAGGAGAUAAAGUAAGAAUAUCAUAUACAAGUCCACCUUCAGAAGAAGUUACCAAGCGACUUUUACGGAUGAAAUAUUUGUCAUCUCCGAUGUAUUGA